AUGAUAAUUAUGAUUGUUGGUUUAGGUUUAUCAAUUUCAUGUGCAAAAUGGUACGAACUAAUAAUUUCUCUAUCUGCGGCUACCGGGUUUACCAUCGUAGCCAUUUUUAUGUGGAUAAGGCUAGAAAAUAUAGAAAACAAAUUCAGAAUGAUAUUGUUCAUGAUAUUUUGUGUAGCUACAGUAAUUGGAUUGAUUCUCUUUCUUAUCGGGUUGAUAUUUGAAGACGGGAUUAUAUUCGCAACAGAUUAUCUGCACAUACACCGUGGACAGUUUUCUAAAAUGUACGUUAUAUUCGUAUUGUUUUAUGAAUGUUUUUUGCUUAACAUCACUUCAGAUUUUUUUGUUAGUUUACUCUUCGAUUGUAAUUGGACCAGUGUGAACAAUUCAUUUAAUCCCGAACCACAACAACUGAAUAAAACAAUCAUUAGACAUGAUGAACGG